GCAGCUGCUUGCCAUCCCUCCUCACAUCCCGCAAAGCUGCUGGCCACGGGUGCCCGUAUGGCCAGGAGGAAGGCCACCCUCCGCGCAUGGCUGGGCUGCCCUGGGCUGCUGGGCUGCUUCUUGCUGGGCUUUCUUGCUGGAUGGUUUACAAAACCAGCUGGAAAAGACCCCAACACUACAGAUGUCUAUCAAAAUGUGAGACAGAAACUUGUGGCUGAAAUGAAAGCAGAAAACAUCAAGCAAUUUCUUCGCUUGUUUACCAAGUUGCCUCACCUCGCAGGAACUGAACAGAAUCUUCUUCUUGCCAAGCAAAUUCAAGGCCAGUGGAAGGAAUUUGGACUGGAUUCAGCAGAACUUGUUCAUUAUGAUGUGCUUCUUUCGUACCCAAAUGAAAAACAGCCAAACUACAUCUCAAUAAUUGAUGAUCAAGGGAAUGAGAUUUUCAAUACAUCAUUGUUUGAACAACCUCCACGAGGGUAUGAAAAUGUUACUGAUAUACUACCACCCUAUAAUGCUUUUUCAGCACAAGGAGUGCCAGAGGCAGAUCUCGUGUAUGUGAAUUAUGGCCGUAUCGAAGAUUUUUUUAAGCUGGAGCGUGACAUGGGAAUUAACUGCACAGGAAAGAUUGUCAUUGCCAGAUAUGGGAAGAUCUUCCGAGGAAACAAAGUUAAAAAUGCCAUAUUAGCAGGAGCCAAAGGGAUCAUACUUUAUUCAGACCCUGCUGACUACUGUGCCCCGGGAGUAGAGGCUUAUCCAGAUGGCUGGAACCUUCCAGGUGGAGGAGCCCAGCGUGGAAAUGUGUUAAACCUGAAUGGAGCUGGGGACCCUUUAACACCAGGUUAUCCUGCAAAAGAGUAUGCUUUCAGGUAUAAAGUUAAUGAAGGUGUAGGGAUUCCCAAAAUCCCAGUUCAUCCCAUUGGAUAUCAUGACGCAGAAGUAUUAUUACGUGCAAUGGGAGGACCCGCAGCUCCAGACGGCAGCUGGAAGGGAAGUCUCAAUGUGUCUUAUAACAUAGGGCCAGGAUUUGCAGACAACUCUUCUACAAGAAAAGUCAGAAUGCAUGUUCAUACAAACAAUAAAAUAACACGAAUUUACAAUGUCAUUGGCAUCCUCAGAGGAGCCGUAGAACCAGACAGAUAUAUUAUUUUAGGAGGUCAUAGAGACUCUUGGGUGUUUGGUGGUAUCGAUCCAACUACGGGUGUAGCUGUUCUACAAGAGGUUGUACGGAGUUUUGGUAAAAUGAAGAUGGAAGGUUGGAGACCCAAGCGAACUAUUGUAUUUGCUAGUUGGGAUGCAGAAGAAUUUGGAUUAUUGGGUUCCACAGAAUGGGCUGAGGAAAAUUCUAGAAUCCUCCAGGAACGGGCGGUUGCUUACAUCAACACAGAUUCUUCUAUAGAAGGUAACUACACAUUAAGAGUUGACUGCACCCCUCUUCUCUACAAACUGGUGUAUAAUCUGACCAAAGAGAUUUUAAGCUCUGAUGAGGGUUAUGAAAACAAGUCUCUUUAUGAGAGUUGGCUUGAGAAAGAUCCUUCAACUGAAAAUAAUAGCUAUCCCAGAAUAAACAAGCUGGGAUCAGGCAGUGAUUUUGAAGCGUACUUUCAACGACUGGGAAUUGCAUCAGGCAGAGUCCGUUACACCAAGAACAGGAAAGCAGACAAGUUCAGCAAUUAUCCUGUUUAUCACACUGUAUAUGAGACCUUUGAGUUAGUGGAAAAAUUUUAUGACCCCACCUUCAAGAAACAGCUAACAAUUGCCCAGUUACGAGGCAAACUGGUUUAUGAACUGGCAGAUUCCCAGGUCAUUCCAUUCGACUGUAGAGAUUAUGGAGAAGCCUUAAAAGAAUACAGUAAUAGAAUUUAUAAAUUGGCCAAGAAACAUGAAGAACAGCUGAAAUCUUACAAAGUAUCAUUUGAGUACAUUAAAAUAUAUAGGCAGUUUUUACAAUACUGUGAAGUGGAAGAUGUCCCUGCCCAUGGCAGGUGGAUUAGAACUAGAUGAGCUUUAAGGUCCCGUCCAACCCAAGCCAUUCUAUGAUUCUAUGACUCAAAUUAAUUUCACUCAGCGUUUUCAUAGAAUUGCCUCUUGAACAACACUGCAUGUCAGAAAAUUGUUAAUUAACCCUGAAUAAAUCGUUGUCCUUCAAUAAUAGAUUAAGGUUUUUAUUUGCCUUUGGAUUCACAUUUUCAGCUGUUCUGCAAAAAUGAAGGCUGGAAACCUUUUUUCAUAAAAUACGUACUUUUAGUCAUAUACUACCAGGAGCUAAGGUUUGCAGGGAAAAAAAAAAAAAAAAAGAAAUGUUGUGUUAUUUUCUAAAAUAACCAACACUAACAACACUAAAUAGCCAGUGAACAUAAGCGCAAAUUCUCUUACGUAUUUUCAGAUUAUCUUUCUUUUUUGUCUUAAAUCCCCUCCUACUGAUUCUGAAAUACAAUCUGUUGCCAUGAUAUAGCCAUGAUGUCAGCAGGGCAGAACUCUGUCCUCUGGUAAACUUGUAACUAUUGCCACCAUCGUGGUCAGGCGCAAAUUCUGACCCUGACAAGGUGAUGUGGGUCUGCCUAUACUGCAGCCUGUAAACAGCUUGCGUACGUAAAAUCUGUGCUUCUAAUUACAUAAACUAAACAGAAAUAUUAAUACAAAAACCAGCAAGUGUCGGCUGGUGAUGAAUAAAAAUGUUUGCUAGAAACAGAAGAGCAAAUGAGACUGCAGAACAGCUUUCAAUAGUUCUGGGAACAGAAAGCCUGUCACUAAAUAAUGUGAUAAAUCUACAGAAAGCCUAUUACACUAAAACAGUGCAAUAAAUUUAUAAACAGUCAAGGGCCGUAGUUGCCAACAGAGGACUGGAUUUUGGAGAUGACCUAAUCUUAUGCCUUUAUUCCUGUAUGGUCAAAGAGAGGAUACUCUGGUUUACAUAAAGUUUUCUGAAACUUGUAGGCAAAAUGUGCAAGUUGUAAACCUUCCUUUUUAUAAUUGAGUUGAUUUCGGUAAGGCCCAAAGUUCUUCUGGUAACACUUACCUGUUACUUAUUCUACAUAAAUUACUUGCAUAAAUUGAUACUUUUCCCGGGCCUGUAUUAAAUUAGACCCUUCCGCAGGAAAAUCGUCACAGCUGAAACCGUCAUUACAAAGAAAAGCCUGCUGCUUCUUUGGCUAAGUUAUUCCACACGGCUUGGCUGUACUGCCAGGAACAGAGCAGGAAAAAGCAACCGACUGACCCACCAGCCUGCCUACACACAGUCAGGCAUAGCAGGCAAAAUCCCGGGAUGCGAGUGUCAGCUCUGCGGGAUGCACGCAGGGUCGUGGCAGAGACACCUGUGAUGCUGUGACUAGCGCACGCGUGGCGCCGGCACAGGACUUGGCUGCUUUAGUCUACCUGGUCUGUCCCUGUGUCCCCUGACAGCUGUGUCUUUUAUGCCUUGCCUAAUACUAUUCCACAUACAUAUCGCACUCUUCUGUUAUGGUAUGAAUAGGAUGUAACGUUCCAAGAGGGAAAUCCUGCUGUUCUUCCACAGCCUGCUGGAAGAGCUGGUAGUUUUGAUGUAAGUCAGGCUUUUUAUACCUAAAUGCUGCAGUGCGUCCCUUUGGUAAAAAAGGAAACUGCAGAGUUCUCCAUCUGCAGUGCGAGCCAGUCUUUUCCUUGCCAGGCGGAGGGAAGAUGCAUACUUAUGAAAGCUUUAUCAAACAUUCUGCUUUAUUGUUGGCCUCAUUGCACAAGGUCUUUGUCUAUUCCUGCUAGUAGUGCAGCUCUUUAAAGUCUGCACUAGGCAAACUAAUGAAUUAUGGAAACACAACAAAAUUAAUGCAAUUAUAUAAGCAAAACAAAAGUAGUUUUUCUCCCACUGGGCAACUGAAUGUAUAUUUGGCUCAAUAGAUACUCUGAAGUUGUUCACAGAAUCCUUCCUU